AUGGGGGCCCCGCGGCGCCGCCGGCACCGCCCGCCCACGGCCGGGGCGGGGAGAGGAGGGGAUGACCCGGCCCAGACCAGCCCCAAGCGGGACUACAACUCCCGGCGUGCCUUGCGCGCCUUUUCCCUGCCCCACUCUCCACCCCGCGGGCGCGUCCAGCCCGCGUUUUUCCCGCCUUCUGAUUGGUCGCCGCCGGGCGGCGGCUGCGCGCCGAUUGGCCGCCCGCCACGCACAGCUGGAGUCUGUAGGAAGACACAUGCCAAAGCGAGUCUCAAUCCCCUGAGACACCUGCAAGAGGCAGAACACUGCAUGGCAAAGCAGCACUUGCCACAGGCACACCACUGGGUUCCUCUGGCAAGACUCUUCAGCAGCUUGCGGGGAAGAGUUUUAUCCCAGUCAGAGAGCUGUGCCUCGAAGUAUCAGGUUUUGCGUAAGGCUAAGACAUCUAUCCAGAAGCUGGAGCAAACCUUGUGUUCUUUGCUGAAGAUGAAAGCCAGCUGCAGUCUGGAGGAUGGGAGCCCAUCCAGCUUGGAGGAAGUCAGGGAGGAAUAUGUCAGGAGGCAGUUUGGCAGUCAGAGCACUACAUCAGCCUCAGAAGAUAUGAGUGAAAGUGACUCUGCCAUCUGGUAUUUGCUUCAAGAAUGUGAAAAACAAACCCUGGAAGAAUAUGAGAAGCCAGAAUUGAUCCAGUUUUCAGACACUUUAUCCCCAGAUCUAGUGGAAUUUGAACGAUACCUGUAUUUUUAUAAGCACACAGUGGACCUGCUGGUAGAGCAUGGAAUUGUUUGCACCGGAGAGGUGCCUCUUCCUGAGGUCUCCACAGCUAUUUCCCAUCUCUGGCAAGAGCUUUCUGAAGAGAGCAGGGACAGCAUCUUGCAGUACUGUAGCCAGAGAGAUUUCCUCAUGGAUCCCAAGGCUGCUUGCCCAGAGCCUGCUUGCACUGAAGGUAGUGUGAGGGACAGCGGAGGUAACAGUGAGGAAGCCAGUGGUUCCUCAGUCUCCACACCAGAGGAAGUGAUGUUUGAAGAUGCAUUUGAUGUUGCUGCUGGUUUCCUUGACAGAAGCAAGGCUCAGGGACUGUCCAGCCAGAGUUCAGCAUUUGCAAGCUGCACUUCUGAAAAUCCAGAGGAUCACCAGAGACUCUAUGUGCAGGUCACUGACUUCCUAAAACACCUCUUCUUCACUAAUACACAGUUUUGCCAGGAAGAAGACCUUCACUAUGAUCAUGAGACCGUGAUGCUGCGGUGCACGGAGACCUUCGAUGAUGAAGAUUUCUAAGCAGUGUCUCCAGCAAUGUUUUGCCAAGCCCUGCCAGAUACACCAGGCAUGGGAGGAGCCUCACCUCUCUCAGUGAGCUGCCUCUCUCAGCAGAGUGUGGAGACACUGUGUUGGUUUGUUAUCAUUGACUUCUCCUUCCCUCAUUAGUAAUUCUUGAUAUAUCAGUUGAGUAAUUUAUACUUUUUAAAGGUUUUAAGGGUCUUAGCUAUUUAUUAAUAUAUGUUUUUACCCAUUGCUAUUUAAUGUUUAGCCUUGCUUCACAAAGAAAUGGAGGCAUGUACAGUUAUGUGACCUUGCCUAGCAUAAGGUGUGGGAAGAGCAGCAGGGAGGCCAGAUCAGUGGCAGUCUGCACACUCCCACAGGAUGCAGGUCUCAAACUGCACCCUGCAAAAGUCACCUCCUGGCAGUAAUUAUUUUUCUGGUGCAAUUUUUCAUCUUGGGCUCAUAAGGAAAGAGGGAUUUCCUCACAGAGAGUGGAAUGAGGCUCUUCUGUCUCUUUAUGAGGACAGCAGCAGUGAGCACCCACUCCCCAGUCACCCAAAAAAGUGU